CAACUUCACUUUGGCCUAUAAAAAGUCAUUGAUAAAAGUUUUUUUGCCAAACUCCGAAGUAAGGAGCUGUUUUAAAGCCAUUGAUUUUUUAUAUUUCGAUCCACAUCCACACUCGUGUGGUAUUGAAGCUAUCAGCAGUUAAGACAGUACUUGAAGAUCGGAAAUUAAUUAGAAAUUACGCCGAUUUCUUACACAAAAAAUCAUUGAUCAUUGAUUACACGGAGGAAAAAUGGAUGCAUCUUUAUUUGCCUGGUCCACGAUUCUGGCUUUCAGUUCCAGUCUGGUUGUAGCAUUCAUUUUUAAAAAUCUUUUGGUCAAAAUAUGUGGUGCUGCUGUUGGUUUUUUAUCGAGAUCAGUAACAACAAGCAUCGAAGUGCAUAGUCGUAAUGGAAUGAAAACGAAUGUGGUGAUGUGGUUGAAUAAUUCGAUUGAACAUAAUUGCGGUCGAAAAUUGCUUCAUUUUGGCGCUAAUCGGGACAUUGUGAAUCCUAAGAAAAUGCGAAUGAAUGCCUUUCUGGAGAGUUUGGAAUUGAGUUUCUUGGACACGGACAAGAAAGAUGAAGGAGAAAAAUCGGCUGUUGCUGAUAUAAGGAAACAACUCGACCCGUUACAAUACAAUAAGGGCGUACUCUUUUUCCACAAACGAACUUUGAUCGGCGUCACUCGCAAAAUCAUCCCAGAACUUAAAAAUUACCACUUACCGACUGAGAUCUACACGAUCACCGCUUACGGUACGAGAAACAAGCAAGUGCUGAUCGAGAUGUUAGACGAAGCAAGAAAAAGGCUUGAAAAGAAACCAUCGAAGCAAAUCAACUACUUCAAAGCUAAACACCAAAUGGGUAGCUCUAACUGGAAAUUAGUUCGACGAUUUCAGCCACGUACUCUGUCAUCGAUUGUUCUAAAGGAUGGAAUUAUGGAUGCCAUCCAAAAAGACCUUGACGAAUUUAUCGAAAGCAGAGAAUGGUACAAAGAGAGGGGAAUUCCGUAUCGUCGUGGUUAUUUGCUGUACGGUCCUCCUGGAUGCGGUAAGACCAGUUUCGUAAAGGCAAUCGCCGGGCAAAUCGGCUACGAUAUCUACGAAGUGCAGCUCUCGAAUCAACAGCUAACCGAUGAGAGUUUGAACAUUUUAAUGUCAUCAAUCGAUAAAAAUGCCAUUCUACUGUUCGAGGAUGUUGACGCCGUUUUUGUACCGCGAAUGCAGGACGAGGCAAACAGUGUAGAAGUCAAUGGAUUCGCUGGAAAACUUAAGUACAGAGAAGCGAAAGGUUCGUUAAGUUUCAGUGGCCUGUUAAAUGCAAUCGAUGGAGUGGCAUCAGAAGAAGAUUACAUUGUGUUCAUGACAACAAAUCAGAUCGAGAAAUUGGACUCGGCCUUGAUACGACCCGGUCGGAUUGACAUGAGACAAUUGAUUGAUUACCCCGAUGAGCAUCAAAUUACAGCGUUCUUUCGCAGAUUCUAUCCGAACUGCGAUGAUACUGUUGCGGAGACUUUCGCCAAAGCUGUAACAAAACUCAAAUGCAAUCCAAGUGUUGCACAGAUUCAAGGUGUUUUCCUGAAACACAAACAUACGCCGGAAGAUAAUCUGCAGGAUGUUGAUAUGCUGGUUGAGAUCUGCAAGAGCAACAAAGAACUGGGCUAUUUGUAUCUUUAAUGUACCACCAUUUAAUUGUAAAUAUUCAAACCAAUUUUUUUAAAGAAUUUUUUGUAAAGUUUUUGUGUCUUAAUAAAAUUUGAUUUUCUAAACA